UGUAGCUCUGAGUGAAUUGACUGCAUUCUGUUUGAUCUGGCAACCCGCUUGGCUGGUUUUCUCAGCUAGUUAGCCUUCAAGGCGUCUUGUGAACAUAGGAUUCAGAAUUGACUUCAGUUUAAUUUUAUUUAAUCGUGUCGCUCGAGAUGGUUGUGCUUAACAGUAACGCCAACAAUGAAGAACACGAUAUAAUCCUGAUUGAAGAGCGCUGCUCCUCGUUGCCCAGCUCUCCUGCCAAACGGGUGUCUCCAGCCAAACGGAAGCAGUUCUUUAUAAGCCAGGCCAUAAGGAACUCUGACCUUACACCCAAAGCCAAGGGUAAAAAAAGCUUGAGAAGACUGGAGAACACUCGCUACCUGGAUAAUCUCCUGGAGCGGGACGAGUGCUCCAAAGAUGAGACCGAAGUACACGAGACUGCCUCGCCGUCUAUUUUCACUGAAGCAUGCACCAAUGGACAUUAUGUGAAGUACUGGAGUGACUUCAUGAACCGCUCAGGAGAGGAGCAGGAGAAACUGUUGGCCCUGCUGGAUGAAGAGACAACAAGACAGAGUAACUCUAGCAAGGCCCCAAAAGACCAGAGAGAGUUGAACUCUGCCGCUCAGGAAUGCUUCCAAAGAAUUGAUCGGAAGUUGCGUGCAACAUUGAAACGCAAACACAUUCCCAAAACUACAUUGGAACUUCUGGAGAGUGACCUGCUGACCUUUUUUGAAGCCCACCCGCAAUCUAUAUAUGUCGCCAAACUUAGCAACAGUUUUGAGAGACUGUUGCUUCAUGCCAUUUGCCAGUACAUGGACCUCGCUUCAGCCAGCACUGACUGUAAUGGCGCACGACAGACAAAGGUUGUGAAUAAGCAAGAGGAGUUCCUCCCUCCUUCACCAUUGCUCUCAGCUUAUUUGGAGCAGAGGAGCUGAGAGGAGGAGAGUAUUCCUGCACUGCCACCCAAACUGGCCAAUAUGAAUCGUAGAAGCAGCUUUAAAUAAACAGUCUGUGUUCCUCGCCUCUACCAGUGACAAAAGAACGCCUUUGUUUUAGAGAGUGUGUCACUAUGUUCUGUAAUAGGCUCAUGCACUUGCCAUUUGGACUUUAAGUAGACUUUUAAACGACGCACAAAAAUCCAGUAUAAAUUCAGAAUAUUGUCCUGACAGAUGUACAGUUUUGUCAUAAAGGGCUUUUAUUGGUGCUAUCAUUAAAUAUUAAUGAUUGGUUUUUACUACAAAAACAAAUCACACACAGUUCAUAAAAUGAUCCUGGUUUUCAUGAUGCUUUUUAAAAAUGUACUAAGCUUUAUUUGGUAGUUGGUUCGUUUUUUUUUCUCUUUUUCUCAACCACACUGUUUUGUACAUUCUGGCUUAUGAAAUCUUGUAUAAAUCUUGCAUGAGUAGAAGGAAAAAAAAUAUUUGCAAAUACCCUGCUGAUGACAUCUUGAAGUAUCUCAGAUGUAUCUGCAGCAGCGACACAGCUGAUAGAUUUUAGUGUAGUCAAACUUGUCUUCUUACCAUAGUGUUUCUGCUUUCUCACAACUAUACUGAGGGUAUUGUUGAAACUAAUCUUGAUUAAUUUAGAGAUUUUUCAGUUUCGAAUGUAAUGGUCUAGCAUACGUACAUGUGGCUCAGGCUGUCAAAGUGAAAGGUGUAGAAAAACACUUUUGGCCAUGCUAAUUGUUAGUGGAUAAAAGAGUUGAAAUGAACUCAGUAGUACUUGCAGUUUUAUUUCAUUACUCGCUGUCCAUACAUAAUGUACCGAUGGAUAACUGCCAUUUUUAAUGCUUUAAUAAUUUAAUCUUAAUCUUAUAUUUAUGCAGACAUUCUCAUGAAAUUAUGUAUGGUAGAAAUGGUGAUGUUAUCGUAGUCAAAAACUGUGCCAUAUGUUGUGCUUUAUACUUUUGAAAUUUUUGUUAAAUUAUAGUAAAUUAGUAUUUAAAGUAAAUCCUAGAAUCCAACAGUUUACAAUGCAGAAAUUCGAAUAUAAGUUCUUUGUUUGGUACUGAUAAUGGUGGACGUCAUUGACGUUAUAGUUCGAGUUAAGGAAGCCUCCAAGGCGUGUGACGUCAAUAAACCCGCAUUACUUGUUAAUGUUGUUAAUGUCCCUGUUGUCACUUGGUCAUGAAACUGAUAAAAAAAAAAGCCAAACCAAUUUGCACUUACAACUAUGCCUUACACGUGCAUGCCGAUUUGUCAGCGAUGUGUUUUUUCAUGUCAUACGUAUAUAGAGCAAGAGUCGCUGUGGUUUACAUUGCGAGGAGAAAGAAUGUGGAGAGACCUGACCAAUCAGGGCGUUGGUGUUGCAAACCAAAUUGUAUAGGUGUACGGUUGCUCAUUUUCUCAGGCACCAAACCUCAUGAAUGUGGAUUUCUGUACACAUUGAACACAUUUUUAUUCACACAAAGCCAGGUGUUCCAUAUUUUUCUUUAGAUGCAACAACAACAAAAAAAAACUGGGCUUUGGGGCCGUUGUAGAAUAUCUACACUUGUGUGCUAUUGUUAUUGUGUAUAUAAUAUACUGGAUAAACAGUGGGGUUCAAAAGUCUGAGACCACAUUGAAAAUCUGUUUUUUUCACAUUGAAUUUUUUUUUUUUUAAAUUGGAAAUAAACAAAAGGUUUUUUAGAAUUUUUUAUUAUUUAAAACAAAGAAUGUAAAUGUUCGAUAUCUUGAGUAUUUAAUAUUCAAGAUUCUGCACUAUUUCUUGGUCCGUAUUUAAAUGUAAGUGAAUUUAUAUUGAUCAUGAUAACUUCUUUGUACAGAACAUCAAAGAUUUUCCUCAUGCCUGAUCUCUUCUAUUAAACGUGUUCAAAUGACACUGAUGAUGGAUUUGACCUAAAAUGGAUCGUAAGGUUUUGCACACACUUGUGUGGAGUCCAUGCCAGCUCGAGUGCACACUGUCAUUAAAGCAAAAAGAGGACGUACUGAACACAAAGACAUUUAUGUAAAUAUUUCAGAGUCCACUUUUUCACUCAAGUUCUUGUCCAUAAUGUCAUUUGUAAUGGAAAUUGUGGUGUUCAAUUAGAAAAGAACACAACAGUAGAAGCAUUUUCAUUAGUGUUCUCAGAUUUUUGGACCCCACUGUAUGUAUAGGUAGUUAGCAUCAUUCACUGUAAAACCAAGAAUGCUUCAGUGUGCAUCUUUAGAUGUGUGACAAAUAGGAAAAUGACUCUUGUUAAGAUGAUUUCAUAUGUAUAUGGCCAUUGUGUGAUGGGUGCAAGCCAUGAAUGACUGUCUGUACCUACAGUUGAAUAAAUACUCGGUCACCUUAGUCUUGAA